AUGCAAAUGCAAAGAAAGAAUCCUACAGUAGAUGAAUAUUGGAAAGGUAUUUUAGAUUAUGUCACUACAUCAGUGAUUAGCAAAGAUAAUGCACUUCCACUGGCACGUAUAAAAAGACUCAUGAAAGUUGAACAAGAAGUUAGUAAGGUGGCAAAUGAAGUUCCUCCACUGUUCUCCAGACUAACAGAAAUAUUUAUUGAGGAAUUAACACUCCGGGCAUGGCAGUACACAGAACAAGGGAAAAGAAGAAUUCUUCAAAAGGGAGACAUUUGCUCAGCAGCUAAAUCCUCUGAUGUCUUUGAUUUUCUCAUAUACCUCAUGCCAAAGGGGGCUGGCAUAGUAGAACUGAAUAUGAAUGCCCAGACUAAGUACCAGUAAAAUAUUUCUGGUAUACACAGAUGCCAAACAGUAAAACUACUCAUCGCUUAAUAAAUC